CCCGGGCAGGCCGCGGCGGCCUCCUGGCAGCGGGGCCAGCUGGAGGCGCGGGGAGACGGAGCGCGGGGGAAACGCAGGAGACGCCCAGCACCGUCCGCCGCUGAUAAGAAAAAAGAGGGGUGAAAAUAAAUCCCCGGUUAACUCUCUGGGGGAGGACCUCGCUUCUCCAGGCGGAGGGAAGGUCUCAGUGCUCUGCCGCGGCCGGAGUGUUUGCUGCGGAGCCCGGCGUCCCGGGGAGAAGAGAUUGGGUGGGGUAAGACAGCUUCCAAAAUACGCUGCGCAGAAGAAUUGUUUUUCUCAGCUCUGUCGAGGCCUCUGAGCUCCUUGCUGCAAGGAAGAGGACAGGGCCGCCCUGAGCCAUGUCCAGCGACCCUCCGCCACCCUACCCGGGAGGCCCCUCAGCACCGCUGAUAGAAGAGAAGCAUGGCCCCCCGCCCGCGGCAGAUGGCGUCGCCCCUGUCGUGGGACAGCCCCAGGGGGUUCCCAUCCCCCCUCCUGAAUUUGGGCCCCCCCCAUACGAGCCACCCUCGCAGCCGGGCUUUGUGCCACCCCACAUGCCCACAGACAGCUCCGGGCCCUACCUGCCGCCUGCAGGUUAUUACCCACCCCCAGGCCCUCACCCCCCCAUGGGCUACUACCCUGCCCCGGGCCACUACCCCUCUCCCGGUGGCCACACGGCGACAGUCCUCGUCCCGUCAGGGGCUGCCACCACAGUGACGGUGCUGCAGGGAGAGAUCUUCCAGGGCGCCCCCGUGCAGACGGUGUGUCCCCACUGCCAGCAAGCCAUCACCACCAAGAUCACCUACGAGAUCGGGCUCAUGAGCUUUCUUCUUGGCUUCUUCUGCUGCUUCGUGGGGUGUGAUCUCUGCUGCUGCCUGAUCCCCUGCCUGUUCGAUGACUUCAAGGAUGUGACACACACGUGUCCCAACUGCAAGGCCUAUAUCUACACGUACAAGCGCAUGUGCUAACAGCACCCCGGGAGCCCGAGCCACUGGAAUGACACCGGCCCUUCUCCCGCUGCCAUCCUAGUCUAUGCGUGUGCAACACUCCUUUGCUUAACCCUCCGGUGGUGUGUAUGUGUGUAUCCCCAGCUCCCUCCCGCUCAGAGCUGCGACCACCUUCCCCAAGCUCCGGUCCUCGCUGUGAAGAGUUGGAUUGGCAACGCUGGCGUGGGUGCACAGGGGAGGUGGGCCCAGGCCCCACGUGCUGUGUGGGC